AUGGCAUCCGAGUCUGCCCGGCCAGAACCUCCCACGCUCGCCUCCCGCGGCCCUGGCCGCCCCUUCCCGGUGCGGAGAAAGCGCAGUGGAGGCCCAGCUGGGCGGGAGAUGGCCCUUCAGCCCCUGCUGGUUAUCGGGGGGCGUCCCCCCUACCCCGUCUGGUCUGGGGGGCAGUGGGGAGCAGUGACGGGCGGGUUCGGGAAAGGUCCUGGGACUGACGCUACAGGCUGCGGGCUGGAGCAGCAGCCUGUGGGCAGAGCCCGGCAGGCCCGGGGCUGUUCCUUGAGGUCUCAGAUGGCCUCGCUGGAGGAAGGAGGGAGGAGGAAGGUCUCAGCCAACCAGGCCCACGCAGUGUUUCCAGAAGGCCUCCCCGCAUCAGCCCCUCAAGGGGACCUGCUCUUCCUGCUGGACAGCUCAGCCAGCGUGUCUCACUACGAGUUUUCUCGAGUUCGGGAGUUCCUGGGGCAGCUGGCAGCCCCUCUGCCCCUGGGCCCUGGAGCCCUGCGUGCCAGCCUGGUGCACGUGGGCAGCCAGCCAUACGCUGAGUUCCCCUUCGGCCAGCACAGCUCCGGUGCGGUGGUCCAGGAUGCCAUCCGGGCUGCAGCCCAACGCAUGGGUGACACCAACACUGGUCGGGCACUGGCCUACGCCAAGAAGCAACUGUUUGACACGGAGGCCGGUGCCCGGCCAGGGGUGCCCAAAGUGCUGGUGUGGGUGACAGAUGGCGGCUCCAGCGACCCCGUGGGACCCCCCAUGCAGGAGCUCAAGGACCUGGGUGUUACCGUCUUCAUCAUCAGCACCGGCCGAGGCAACCGCCUGGAGCUGUCGGCCGCCGCCUCAGCCCCUCCCGAGAAGCACCUGCAUGUGGUGGAUGUAGAUGACAUGUCCAUUAUUGCCCAGACGCUGCGGGACUCCAUUCUGGGUAGGUGGGAGGAAAAGGAGCUCUGGGGAGUUCCGACUGGGAGUCCCAGCAGGAGAGACGGGGCAAGACUACAAGAGGACCUGGAGCCCCCGCUUUCUGCCCUGUCCAUCGGCUGGAUGAGCUUGGGUGGGCCUCGGGAGAGCCCCCUGGCGGUGAAAACAGGGGCCCCCAGGGAGGGCUCGCGGCACGGGGUCACAGGUCGGGCAUGGCCAGGGGGCGGGCAGGUGGCUCGGGUGCUGGCCUUCCAUCUGGCCGCCGUCCCCGCCGCUCCACGCUCACGGUCGCCCCGGGCGGGGCUUUCUCCGCCGUUGGCCGCCGUGGUCAUCUGUCCUGCUGCCGCCCCCUCGCUGCGGCUCUACUGCGGCGGCGCCUGGACCCCUGGCAUCAAGCACCCUCAGGGGCCCAGGCAGGGCACCUACCUCGCCGACGCGGCCAGGUCCAGAACGCAAUCUAGCGCCCCUAGCAACCGGACCCAAGGCCGUUGCUAA